AUGAAAACUGCAUUUAACCGUGCAAAAGAACUAGUUAUUAAUUUGAAUAUAUUACCUUCAUUAAAGGAAUGCAAUGCUUGUGAACUUAAUGGUUUAAGUAAAAAUAUAUCUGAUAGUAUUAGAUUCAACAUUAAUUCGGAUAAUUAUUUAGCAACGGAUUCAGAUUCUUCAUCAGAUUCUGAAUCUGAUUAUGAUGAUGAAGCAAUGGAAAGUAAUGAAUUUGAUAGUGAUCUAAUCAAUGUGGAUGAAGAAGAUAAAGAUGCGGCAAUGACACGAAACUUUGAUGAAAUUAAAACUGAGAAAAUAAAUUUUACUGGUAUGCGUAUAUUCGAUUCGAUUAAUCCAGCAAUGAAAAACUCCUAUUUUCAAGUGCAAAUAAAUAACAAGACUAAAUUUAUAUACAAGCAAACGGCUUGUUGGUUAUUGACCGACAAAGUUAGCCGUUUAUCGACUGAUAGAUUAUUACGAGUGAUAAAAACAAACAAAAAGGAUUGAAAAUCUUCAUCACAUUGAUUUGGAUAGAUGGAAAAUUUCUUAUAACAAUAAACCACUUCAUUCAAAAAGCAUUCACUUAUUAAUUAUCAUGUUUUCUAAGAUCAAACAAGCUUGAAUUUUUUCCAGUGCAUUAAAAAGAAACAAUAAAAAGUUCAUCUUUCUACUAAAAUAAGACCGUCGAAAACAAGACAAUUUCAUUGAUUUCUUGUGAAUUUUCAUGCAUGAAAUGUAUUUCAAAGCUUUCAGAAGACUUCAAGAGACUUUGAAAGACUUUGAAAGACUUCCAAGACUUCAUGAGACUUCAGUCGUGAAGUCUCCGCUGUUUCCCCCUUGCUUAUUCUUUUAAUUUGAAUCGAUAUUCUGCGUCCUUUUCACAUUCAUUAGAUAACGAAUGAUGGUGAUCAUCACAUUGAGCACAACGAACCAAAUUCGAACAAUCAUGUGUUUGACCAUCAAUAAGAUUAUUAAGACAGAUACGACAACGAGGGUGUACCAGAUUACAUUUAUCUCUCAUAUGACCUAAACGCCAACAUCGAGUACAGUAUGUCAUUCGAUUUCCGGCGAGGAAGGGAGUAAUAGUGCAGAAUGUAUUUCCAAUCGAUAUUCGACCUAAUUUUAGUGUUGAAUUAUAUUCACAUAAAUCUUUAACAAUAAAUCGAAAGUCAUUUGUUCUUCAUUGAAAAUGACACUGAAUACGUCUAACAUUUUCGACUGAUUGAACCAUAUAUUCGUCAUUGUACUGGAGGGGUACAUAACGAACAACAAGAGCAAAGGAAUCGAGAAUAAAUUUCGGUUUAAUUACGGUAAUAUUAAUAUUAUUGAUUUGUGACGGCCAUUUAUCAGUAGAUAUUAAUGUUGCGUACGACUCUUCGCUGUUUAUUCCUAACUUUAAUUUAUUGCUAGCAUGAUCAACGAGACAGAACGUUAU